GACUAGUCCUCGCUGCUACGGGGAUGUUCCACGCCUUUUGAGUUUGACCCAUCAGAUCUCAGUCGUCACCUUCGCCGAGCUCGCAUUGGCCGCGACCCACCACGACUUUUCCCCCUCCAGCCGUCUUCGGACCUUACCAGUUUCCCCGUUCCUUCUCCACACCAAUCGUUUCUCGUCGACCUUCGUUCUCUGUCUCGCCAAGCGAUUCUGGGGGCGCCCUCUCCGGUUUUCAAUCGGGCAUCGGUUUCAGCUGAUUUUCGUCCGUCUGUCCCCUGUGAUUAGCGAUGGGGGAACUUACGCUCACGGGCCUGCUGCAGAAGGCGGCGUCGGAUUUCCCUGACGGGAGAGCCGUCUCCGCCUGCGGGGAGCUUGACCUGACGCACGCGCAGCUGCAGGAGCUUGUUGACCGUGCCGCCGCACUCCUUGUGGCCUCCGGCAUCGGUGCCGGCGAUGUCGUCGCACUCGCUUUCCCCAACACCAUCGAGUUUGUGAUCUUGCUUCUGGCGGUAAUCCGUUGCCAAGCCACAGCAGCUCCGCUCGACCCCAUCUGCACAGCUAAGGAAUUCGAGUUCUAUCUUUCCGACACAGAGCCGAAGCUCCUAUUGACACCACAGGAAAGAAACCAACGGGCUCAAUCCGCUGCUUCCAAGCUUAACAUUCCCCACGUAACUGCCAAGUUUCACUCCGCCAAUUCCAGAAUCACUCUCUCUUCAACCGACAUAGAGCCGAGCCUCGAAUUGAUGUUCAAAGUCGUCAAUGAUCCCUCGGAUGUAGCCCUGUUCUUGCACCCCUCCAGCACUACGAGUCGCCCCAAACGCAUGCUGCUAACUCAGGGCAAUUUGGCUUCAUCGGUUCAGAACAUCAAGCGGGUGUAUAAACUAACAGAGUCAGACUCCACCGUGAUUGUGCUUCCGUUGUUCCAUGUGCACGGCUUAGUUGCUGGAUUAUUGAGCUCUUUAGCUGCUGGAGCUGCUGUGGCCCUCCCGGCGGCCGUUAGGUUCUCGGUGCCCACAUUUUGGGCAGAUAUGAUUUCAUACAAUGCCACGUGGUACACAGCAGACGCUAUAUUCCACAAGAACAUCCUGAAGCACCACCUCAGCAAGCCGAAGCGGAUUUACCCAAAGCUUCGAUUCAUAACGAGCUGCAGCGCGUCCCUCGCGCCCUCUAUUAUUUCUCAGCUUGAGAAGGCAUUUAAUGCACCCGUGCUCAAGACUUAUGCAAUGACAGAGGCUACUCACCUGAUGGCAUCAAACCCCUUGCCCGAAGAUGGCGAGCAUAAGCCUGAGUCAGUCGGGAGUCCUGUGGGGCAGGAGAUGGCGAUUAUGGAUGCUAGGUUCUCGGCGUCGGGAUCUUCUGCUGAUGGUGCUGCUCGGGAACAUUAUAUGUCAGAAGUUGCCGGUCCAUGCCCGAGCGAUGAUACGCCGGAGGGAGAUGAUGCACCUAAGACAACCGAAGAGAACAAAACCGAGAGCGAGAGAGGUGCAGAAGAAGGGGGCCAUAGGUUGAAAUUAACCGUAGAAUUAGAAAUGUUUAAUGGACCGACGAAGUUCUCCUAUGAAGAGUUGAUGAUCGCGACUGCAGAUCGCAAGAUUCUGGGAAAAGGAGGUUUCGGCGUCGUGUAUGAAGGGUGCAUAGGAAAAGCUCACACACCGGUCGCCGUGAAGUUAAUAAACUCUCAUUCGCACCAAGGGUUAAAGGAGUAUACAUCUGAGGUGAUGACGUUAGGCCAGCUUAGCCACAAAAACUUGGUGCCACUUAUAGGCUAUUGUCACGAGGAGGAUAAAUUCAUCCUGGUUUACGAAUUCAUGAGUGAAGGUAACUUGGAGGAUCAUUUGUUUAAAGGUAGAUCCUUAUUGACAUGGGAAAGAAGGUACAAAAUUGCUCAAGGAUUAGCCUCGGCGCUGCACUACCUGCAAAAACAAUGUCGUCAAUGCGUGAUCCACAGGGAUAUCAAGUCUAGCAACAUCAUGCUUGAUGAAGAGUUCGAGGCCAAAUUGGGAGAUUUUGGAUUGGCUAGGCUAGGAGACCAUGCCAGAGGGUCCCAAACAACUGAAUUGAUGGGAACAAUGGGUUAUGUGGCUCCGGAAUACUGUGUAACUGGUAAGGCAACUGAGGAAACCGAUAUCUAUAGUUUCGGACUCGUCCUUUUGGAAUUAGGAUCUGGGAGAAGAGUCAUCGACUUAAAACGCGACCCAAUAGGCCUUGCAGAGUGGUUACGGAAGCAUUAUGGACCCAAGAAGUUGGUCAAUGCGGUGGACGAGAGGCUUGGUAAGGAUUUUGACAAGAAACAGGCAGAGGCCCUGUUGACUGUAGGGCUGUGGUGCGCUCAUCCCAUUGCUGAUUCUCGGCCUUCGAUUGAAGAGGCAAUGGCCGUUUUGAACUUGAAGGCAAAGGCAAAGCUUCGCGAGCUCCCCUCGAAGAUGCCGCCGUCCCCACUUUGUAUUGAUCGGAAGGUCUCCGCCUGGAUGCCUUGGUUAUAGGCAAAAUGCCUCAUUCUUGACGCAAGCAAUGAUGACUCUUUUUAGUGUUACAUACAUGUUUGUACGUCAUCUUCAAGCCAGAUGUUGUAUAUGUCUGUGCAUUUGGCUUCGCAGAUUAGCGGGCAAUGGUGUCUCUUUUAAGUUGUAUAUGCACACUUGUGCUUAGAAUAGUGUAACUUGUAAAUCGGGUACUGCUUGAAUCCUUGGUGUCUAGUUAUUGGGUAACCUCACCAAGUAGUAGGAAGUUUGCUUUCACGUUGAGUCCGCCCCGCUUUCUUGGUAACCUAAGUGGGUUGACUAGAUUGUAUUCUUUAUUUUAAUGCGUUGGUACAUGCACAUCCAAAACCCCCUAAAUUCCUUUUGUAUAUUUGUUUUCUCCAAGAGGAGGGAAUACUUUGUAAGUAGUUUACGUCA